CUUGGGAACUGUGGCCGGGGGCUGGAAAGCGGAACGUGAGAAUGACAGGUGAAGAGUCGGCGGCGCAGACGCUAUGGAGAAGUUGGGGACUGCGGCAGUUCUGCGGAACUGAGCCGAAUACAGGCUGUCCAGGUACACAUUACACGGUGUAACCUCAUUUAACUAUGAUGGAGUUCCGUGCAAAUUACAAGCCUGCGCUUUGUCUUUGACGCUUCGUCGAAUUGAGGACACUGUUGCUAUAUACGUGCAUAUGUAUCGAAAUUGUGCAUCGUCAAUUUCUUUUUGUACCCUGCAAGUAGAAGAAAAGUAUAGAACACGUUUCGUCUUCUUCUUCUGGUUUCAUCUUGCAAUUGCCGGUCAUCAGGGAUGCUGGAAUCAAUCCGAGUAACCGAAAAACUUCGUUGGCCAGAAUUGGAGCUAGCCAAAAAAUCGGUUCUAUUGAAUCCCGCUGAAAAAAAUGACACAAGCCAAGCAGAUCUCCAGCAAGUCUCUGUUAGCAUUUUAAAGGAAAUAUUUACAGGAAGCAAUGGUUACAAUGUCUUAUUGCCAUCAAAGGGAGAGAAGAAACGGUUAUCCUCCAGCCAUCACAAAAAGCACCGAAAAUCUGCGAAGCCCUCAGCUGUGUUGCAGUACAAGGAACGCCGGACCCCCAGCUCCUCUGUGCCAAUGGUUGAUAAGGAGUGGUGUCUUGGAAGCGGACAUACUGCAUUACUCAUGGGUAACUUGGUUGCAAGCGAUUCAAAAUUUCCGCUUGGCAUAUCAAUGGUAGGAAGUGGAAUCGGUCUGUCCCAAAGACCAAAGAAUAAGAUAAAAAGGCUUUACUUUUCAAGUCUGCACAGGUCCAGUUUGCCAGUUGGACAAGGGAGAAUCAGUGAAAGCCACACUCGUAGACUCUGCAUCCUGACUGCUGUUAAACCAUCAAAUGUGGAAAAGGAGAAGGUCAAGUUCUUCAAGUCUGAGUUCACCUACAAUCCACAGUUUGAAUAUGCGAAUCCUGCUUUGCCCAAUGUGUUAGCAAAACACGGUAUCGCUUCAGAUAAAUUUCUUCUCCAGGUACUUCCACGUGCUUGCAGGAGGCACGGACUAACUGGUCCACAAGUUGUGAAGUCUGACUUAUUGGUUGAAAGCAACAGCUUACAGCAACUGGCGAUAAAAAUAAUGAAAAUGGCACUGAAGAAAUAUGGCAGCUAUGAGAAGUUUGAACAAGCAACAGGGGGAAACCUCCUCACCAAGAGCCGCAUCUGGUUUUACGUGAAGAAAUAUAUGGAAAGGGAAGACUGCCUUGGCGAUAUUGCAGUCCAUUUAACAGACGAUCUGCUUUCUCGUGCCUCUAUGACAAUAGUGAAUGGACGUCCGACUCUUACCAUCAAUGUUUCCACUGCUCGAGAGCACUGGCUGGAGGGGAUGCUGAGACACGAGAUAGGGACACAUUAUCUUCGAGGCUUAAACAACAAUCUACAACCCUGGUGUAACUGGAAUGGUCGUAAAAAAUAUGGUCUUAAGCCAAUUAACCCAACCGAAGAGGGACUGGCAAGUAUCCACAGUGUGCUGUUCCACAAGGACCCUUUCCUCUGGAGAGCAGCUCUGCUCUACUACACAGUCUACCAAGCCAGCCACAUGUCCUUUCGGGAACUCUUCCUAGACAUUGGCAAAUUUGUGGAAAACCCAAAUACUCGGUGGGAUUAUUGUGUGCGAGCCAAACGUGGUCAAACUGACACAUCCCAACCAGGCUGUUUCAGCAAAGACCAAGUCUACCUGGAUGGCAUUCUUAAAAUUCUGAGACACAGAGAUAACAUUGAUUUCCAGCUUUUAACAGCAUUGGGGAAGGUGUCUUAUGAAGAUGUAGACCGGCUAAAGGUUAUUGCCUUAUUGCAGAAUGCCCAAAUACCUUAUUUCAUGCAAGAUCAGAGUCGCUAUCUGGAGCAAUUGGACAAGAUCAUGGAAGUGAAUGGGUUGACUGACUGUGAACUCCAGAUUUUAGUCUGAAAGGAAUUGACCCAGUUUGAGAUUUCCGAGAUAUUGCUAUAUUUAUAGGAAUAUGUACUAAUCAUGGAAUUGGAAACUUGUUUAGCAGGCAAUUUGGUUAUGUAUUUGGUUAUGUCUAAUGUUUGUAGCUAAUAAAUCACUUAUGGCAGAAAAAGUAAUUUCUCAUUGAUGGUUAAAGUACUAAGUAUAGCAGAUUGCAUAAAUAUGUUUUGUUAUGUUUAUGGUAUUGAAAUGAAAUCUGAAACUUCGAUUUUUAUAAAGCAAAAAUAAAAUCUUGAAAAAGACAUAGCUGGAACAAGCUGCCAGAGGAAGUGGUAAUGAUUACAACAUUUAAAAGACAUUGGACAGGUAAAUAGAUAGGAAAGGUUUAGAGGGAUAUGGGCCAAAUGCAGGCACAUGGGACUAGUACAGUUUAGGAAACCUGGUCGGCAUAAUGAAUAGGACCAAAGGGCCUGUUUCUGUGCUGUAUAUCUCUAUGACUUUCUAUAAUUGCCUGGUAAACAUUUAUUUGUGCAGCUGAGAAUGAAAGACUUAAGUGCUAUGUGUAACUGGAAUAUUCUCACUACAGUAAUAGACCAAAAUGAUAAUCAGAGCUGUGAUCAUCAGCAUGACAUUAAAUUUGUCUGAAUGUUUACACCCUGUAAAGCAUUACUUAACAUGCAAAGCAUUUCACUCUGGCUGUGAUGUGAUGGAUGCAUUAACUUACCUCCGUAAGGAAGUUAUGUUCUAAGGAAUGAUCUAUUGUGUGGCCUGCAUUAAUUAUAAACAUCAGUGUUAUACAGAGUUUCUGCUAAAGAAAUUAAUGACUAGUAAUGUAAAAAAUUGUUAAAAUUGUCAUGUUAAUAAUCUUUGCAUAUUGUAUCAUUUCACAUUGUCUACUCAUAAGCUCUGGAACUGAAAAAUGUAGUUGUCAAUUUCCUUCAGUUGUUCUCCAAAUUGAUGUCUCUGACCUUGAGGAAGACUGCUAUCUGGGACAUUCAAAACAAGGGAUCUCUAAAGUUGCCUUCUGUUUACUACUGUGUCGAAUGUACAGCGCAGACACCAGUUAUUUGGUCCUGCUUAUCCAUGACCAUGUUUACGCUCCACAUGAAAUGUCUUUCACCAUUCCUCAUCCAGAUCUACCAUAUUGUUCUAUUAUUUUUAAGUCUGCAAUUAUCUGGUUGCCCUUCAAAUCAUUUACACUAUUCAUCUCAACUACUCGUUGUAGAAAGGAGUUCUACAAUCCAGUUGCCCUGUGGGUAAAGAUGUUUGUCCUAAGUUGGAUUUAUUUGUGAUCCUUAGUUUUAGUGUCCUUCUGUUUCUCCAUAUAAUAGUUAAUAUGUGCAAAAUCUAUCUUUUAAAGAAGGCGAAGCACACUAGAAUGCAUCUUUCCAAAAGCAGUAAUGAUGUGUUUUAGCCCAAUUAAUGAAUUUUUUUUUGAGUAGGUUUGGGAGGUAGAGCAGUGGAGGAGAGAAUAUUUGACUACCAAGGGUUUUUGCAGUAUCUGCACUGCUAACAAUUGAUGGUUCAUUUUCACACACCAUUCCCACUAUUUACGUUACAUCUUAGCACAAAUAAAUACAUGUAAGGAAAUUGCAGUUGCUUUUCUGGACUGGACAGUGCAUUAAAUUAAGGUAAUUGAGUGCUAUUAUAUUACUGUAAUGAGGAACAUUGUUCACUCUCUUCCUUUGGGACUUUAUUUGGUCAGCUCAGCACCCUAUUAUAAGUAAACCAAACAUAACUGGUAUCUCAAUGGUGUGUGUUCCAUAUAUGGUGAAGAUCUAGUCCUGCUAUCCUGACCAAAGGAUGAUUUCAUAUUUCAUCCUUUUCUGCACAUUUGAUAGAUGAAGGUGACUCCAUGGAACGUAGCCAAUUCUAGGGAUACAAGUCUUAUCUAUCAACCAACCAAAGUAGACCAGGACCUUUGCUGUGAUAAUGAUUCUAAUGUUAUCUUUACUUCUAAUGGGUUGUUUGAGAUUUGUAAUUCAUAAUCUGAACUACAACUUAAGAUUUUUGCGUUGCUAGAGCUCCUAAGAUUUAAAAACUGAAAGAACUGUGGAUGCUGGAAAUCAGAAAGAAAGACAGAAAUUGCUGAAAAAGCUCAUCAGAUCUGGCAGCAUGAGUGGAGAGAAAUCAGAAUUAACAUUUUGGGAUGAGUGACCCUUCUACAGAACAUGUUUUCUGAUUUUGCUUCUAGGAUGUAUCGUUUCAACACACAGUUAGAACUUUUUUAUUUUCCUAUCAGUUAAACACAGGUGAGGGAUUCAUGGUUUUUUUUAAAAGAAUUCUUUCCAAAGAAAAGCAUCGCUCUUUAUAACUGGUACAAAUGGAUGGAUGGAAGAUGCGGCUGAAUCCUUUCACUCAAAUGCAAUAGAUUUGGUCACAGAAUUUUUAGGUGAGUGCGUCACUUCUCACACCAUUGCUGCUUUAGGAGAAUCAAUGAAUAGUUUCAUCUUUUGUUUUAAUGUCAAAUUUUCUUUAAUCAGUUCCAAUCCUUUAGAAUACAUAUUGCUCUCCCGUGGCAGUGAACCACCACCACCCCCCCACCCAACUUCCACUUGUGACUCCUGCAAACCUGAGGAGGGAAAAAAAAAUCUGUACGUUUUGGAAGAAUUUAUUUCUUAAAAGAAAAUCCUCAAUCCAGUUAUGUCCUCUUUCUACUUCACCCACCUGUGAUCAGUGUUUGCAUAAUUCUUUGGUUUAGUUGUGACUAAUUUAAUGGACAAAAUUUAUGUGGGCUCUGGGGAUCACGCCUGGAUCUCUCUUGCUUUCCCUUAUGUUUUUUUUGUCGAGAUCCAUUGAAAACUCAAUUCAAUUUAUAUUAGCUUUAAUUUCCCUAGAUCUUUUGUUUCCUUAGCAUUGCUGCUUUAAGAACAGUUAAUUUAUUCACUAUUAAAAGUAUUUUCUUUAUGGUUUACUCAAUGCUUGGAAAUGUCUUGAAUAUUACUUUCUGUAUCACUUGCUUUUCUUGAAUACUACUUUUUACAGUGCCUCAGUAUAAGUCUUUUGAAUGCAUACCUAACUCUGAUAGUCAUUCUUGUGAACGAGCAGGACUGGUUUUUUUUAAAAGUCACAUUCUGGUGCUAAAAGCAUUUUGUUUAUGUAUGGUUGACUGUAGAUUUAUGAAUUUGUAGAUUCACAAAAGCUCCUACUAAAUGUAUUUCCAUACAGGACAGUCUAUAGGAAUGAACUCCUCUGGUAUUCACAAAAAAUAAGGGUGUUUGUUUUCAUUUGUACUGCUACAACAUUAUAAUUCCACAACUGUUAGUGUAAGUGUAGAUUUGUGUGCUAAACUAUAUGUUCUUUAAUUAGCAGAACCAAAUGAAUGGAGAAUGGGGGACUCCACAUGCAACGAUGUGUUCCUUACUGGGAUUGAUAUCACGUUAUUCUGGUAGUAGAUUCACAAAUGAUGGUGCAUGUGAUUGUUAGUUACUGAUGUCAGCUUUUUCUCUUUAAGAAGCCACCUCUUUGUGCUUGCAGUUUUGUACACGUGCAGUUGGAGUAUUUGCAUUCUGAUUGUUCCAUCAGUUCCAAACCUUUUCAGCCACCGUUUUAGACAUGAGUGUAUCACUGGAAAAAAUAAACAAUUAUUUAAAUA